AUGGUGGAUGACUGCCAUUGUGGUCGGUAUUGCCAGAAUCGGAGGUUUCAGUUAUGCCAAUACGCGCGUGUGGAUGUGAUAAAGACUGAGAAAAAAGGAUUUGGUUUACGAGCCCUAACCGAUUUACCAGCGAAUGCGUUUAUUAUGGAAUACAUUGGUGAGGUUAUCCCCAACAACGAAUUUGUUCGUCGCACUCGAUCCUAUGAAACAGAAGGAUUAGAGCAUUAUUAUUUUAUGACCCUCAAGACAGAUGAGAUCAUUGACGCCACUAAGAAGGGCUGUCUCGCUCGUUUCAUCAACCACUCCUGUAAACCAAACAGUGUGACGCAGAAAUGGGUUAUUGGAAAAAAGAUGCGAAUUGGUAUAUUCACCACCAAGUUUGUAAAAGCAGGAGAUGAGUUGACAUUCGAUUACAAGUUUGAGCGCUAUGGAGCAGUUGCGCAAAAAUGUUAUUGUGGCGAAUCAUGCUGUAAAGGUUACAUCGGAGGUGCGCUCGGCACAGCUGAUCAGGAAACUUUGGCAGGUCCAUGCAUGCAACCCUCUGACGACGAAGAUACUGACGGAGCAGGUGCUGUCACAAUAUCCCAAAAACGUUCUCUCAGAAAACGCUCAAAACCACCUCAACCACUCCAUGAUCCUGAUGAAGUCCAGAGCUUUGUCAAGAAAAUGCUCGACUCGGUUGGCAAACCACGUCUUGUCAAUCGUCUCCUACACCGCCUAGAACUCACUAACCCCGACAACUCAGUCGGAAGAGAGGUUCUCAAAAACUUUGUCAGACUUCACGGGCUCAAGAUGCUUAAAUUCUGGCUGGGUGAAUGGAAAGGAGACGAGGAGAUCGUAAAAAGUGUAUUGCGUGUUUUGGACAGUCUACCACUUGCCAAUAAGAAUGGACUUGAAGAUUGUAAAAUGUUUGAUGUCAUCC